CAACCGGUUCGGACAGGAUGGCAGCUUUUCUUGUGAUUCCUCAGGAGAUGAUCACAGUCCAGGAUGUCGGGGUAAACUUUUUUGCCUACCAGACCCCUUUGGAUGCACCUGUGCAGCAGGAUUCAUGGGAAUCAAUUGUACAACAGAAUGUAACCCAGGAACGUAUGGAGCAAAUUGUUUGCAAGAGUGCCACUGCUCUCCACGUAACAUCUGUACCAAGGAUACAGGAGAAUGCAUUGAUGGGACUGCGUGUCAUGAAGGCUGGACUGGUGUCAACUGUCAAGUUCGAAGUUCCCCCAUUCAGGACGUUGACGGUGAUACACGCAAGUCAAGAUGUUCCUGUAAUAGAUGCUCCAGUCUACGAACUCAACGUCGCAUCAGUUUCCACAGAUGUCUCCAAAAACCUUUCAAACUUGAAAUAUUACGCAUCUUAUAACAUCACCAUCAUAUUUGUAAAUACAAGGUCUUAA